AUGAUGAAAAAACUUUCUCUAAUCUUGCUGUGUGCUCUUCUCCUCUUCGCAGCUGUCUAUGUUGCAGGAGCUGAUUCUUACAAACCAGAUCCUUACAAACCAGACACGUACAAGCCAGACCCUUACAAACCUCGUCCUAAAAAGUAUUGUCGCAAAAAGUGCAUCUUGCACAAGUAUUUGCGUGGAAAAUGUCUCAAGCACAGAGUUGUCGGUCGUAAAAAGUAUUGUGACAAGUAUGCAGUUGUUGGAAAGGGUCGUUGCAAAAAGUACAAAAAGUAUUGGAAGUGUGACAAGUACAGCAAGCCAUACACUCGUUGCGUCAAACACAAGUACAAGAAGUAUUGUGCCAAGCAUAGAUCUUACAAAGUCUGUGAUUCUUAUGGAACUCGUAAAUACUGUAAGAGACAUGCUCGUAAAAAGUAUUGUGCCUACACUAAAAAGUACAAGAAAUGCACUGCUUGGGGUAAGAAGAAGAUUUGUAAAGGAUACAAGAAAUACCCAAUCAAGAAGUGUUACAAGAAGAAGAAGUGUGACAAGUAUGUCGAUUCCUAUGCUCCAAGAAAAUGCAGAUAUGUUCGUAAAUGCCGUAUCACUGGCUACAAGAAGAAGUGCAUCAAGAAGAAGACUCGUCAUUACUGUAAACACUACAAGUAUGGUACUAAAUGUGUCAGACACAAGUACAAGAAGUAUUGUGCCAAACAUGGAUACAAGAGAUAUUGUAAGCAUCACAAGUAUGUGAAGAAGUGUUGUCUCCACAAGAAGAAGAAGUAUUGUUAUCGUAAAAAGACCUAUCCUGCCAAGUGUGUGCACAAAAAGCAUUACAAGAUUUGUAAAAUAAGAUCUAAGGGAAGAAGAGUGUGUAAAAAUUACAAAUACACCAAAGGAAGAAAGAUUUGUAAGAGACGUGCUCGCGGAAAGAGAAUUUGUAAAUUGAAGAAGAAGGUGUGUAAGAGAAGAAAGCCAAGAAAGGUCGAUAUUUACAAAUAA